AGGGCUGGGCAGCUAGAGGAGCCUAGAAAGAGGGGCCAGGGUGACUGAGAGACCAUUGGGCCGCGUAAUUCGGGGCGCGUCUGCUGACUUCUCGGGGGAUAGAGUUGACACGGUUGCUCACAGCAGCAGCUGCAACCGCUGAGCGAGCGGCCCUCCGGGGGAGAGCAGCAGCAGCAGCAGCAGGCUUGUCUGGGCAGAGCUGGGUCCUGAGGCAGGAGAACGGCCGCUGCUGCAGGCUCCCCGUCUCCUUUCAGAUCCCAAGCGGGCGACCAUGGAGCGCAUCGUCGGGGAGAUCGCCUUCCAACUGGACCGCAGGAUCCUCUCCCACCUCUUUCCUGACCGGGUCCGCCUCUACGGCUUCAACGUCAGCGACAUCCCCGAGAAAGGUCUAAUGCUGCUCUUAUCCCCACAGAAUGGAAGUGAUACCCAGCUUGGACUGACCGAGGAGGAGCGCAAAAGCCUGUCAGAACGGUACAACAACCUCAUGUCCCAGCUGAAGUACUUUGGCUAUGACCCAAAAUACCAUGCCACUUUCACAGAACACAUUGUGAACACUUACGGGAUCCUCCGGGAGCGCCCAGACACAACCGGGAUUGAGGGAGACGUCUACAAUGACUUCAACUUCCUGCGCAACGUUGUCCAGAAUGUCGUUACUUCGGAUAAGUAUGCCGACUGCAUGAUGCUACUCAACUGCCUCCAUCAAUUGUCACAGAACGAUGGGAAGCCUCUGUUCAUCUGGUAG